AUGUUCUCCCUCCCGCUCCACCAGCCCCAGACCAACCUCUACUCGACGUCGUCCCACAAGGCCCGCCUCGCCUACGAGCAAGAGCUCAAGCGCCUCGCGUUCCUCACGGAGCAGCACGAGCAGCAGCGCCGCCGCGCCGAGGCCGCCGCUCGCCAGGCCGCUCUCGCCGCCUACGUCGAGGAGCAGGAGCGCCGUCACCGCGAGGAGGCGUUCGAGCGCGCCGUUCUGCAAGAAGUCGAGCGCCGUCGCCGCCUCCAGCAGGCGGCUCUCGUCCAGCAGGCGCUCGAGCACCGCGCCGCCCUCGCCCGCCGCGCCCAGGAGGAGCGCGACGCCGCCCUGUACCGCCAGGCCGUUGUCGAGGCGGCACAGCGUCGCGCUGCCCUCGUCGCCCGCGAGCAGAAUCGUCGCCGCGUCGAGGCCGAGCAGGACCAGCGCCGUCGCAUCGUCGAGGCGAGGCGGCAGCAGCGCGCGCGCCAGAGCGACUUGCCGCACUCGCUCGUCCAGCUCUUCCUCGACCUCGCCAGCUCGGCGGCGCACGAUGAGCCAGAGCAGCAGGCCGUUGCCGCGCCCGCUCCCGUCGUCGCCGACAAGGCCGCCUCGUCCUCGUCCCCGGCGCCCACUUCCACCGCCACCGCCGAGCCCUCCCUCCCCGACCCGGCCAUCGAGGCUCUCCAGAAGCGUUUCGAGCGUGACGCCGCUCGCCAGGCCGCCCUCGACACCCUGAACGGCCUCUCGACCGAGUUCGACUCGCGCCUCUCGUCCUUCACCUCGCCCUCGGCCCUCACCUUCCAGUCGCCGCCCUCUCCCACCUCGACCUCCUCGACGCCCACUCUCGCGUUCGGCAAGCCCAACGCGGCCUUCCUCGGGCACGAGGACUUUCUCGUGUCGCUCCUCAGCAAGGUCGACGCCGUGUCGUCCGGCGGCGACAAGGUCAUCAAGCAGGCGCGCAAGGCGCUCGUCAACCGCGUCGAGGUCGAGCUCGCCAAGCUCGACGAGCUCAAGGAGCACGAGUGGGAGCGCCAGAGCCAGCAGGCGGCGAGCGAGGCGGGCGAGGGGUCCGAGCGCGCGCACGACGACUCCACGGCUGCAGCAGCUCCUGCUCCUUCCGCCGACCUCGCCGCAGCCGAGCCUGAACCCGCCACGGUCGAGCCCGGCACCGCCUCUUCCUCGUCUUCCCCGACCCUCGACAACUCGACCCUGGCACCCGUCGACGCGCCUGUCGACCAGUCGGCCCGCCUGACCGCCGAGUCGCUCGCGUCCCUCCCGACCGACGCCGCCAACCCCCACCCGACCCCCUCUCGCCCUCGCUCUCGCGCCUCGACUACCUCUCUUGACUCCGACUCGUCGUCGAUCGUCAACCUGUACGUCGACGAGGUGCUGCGGCGCGCCAAGGACCUCGCCGACCGCAUCGACGCCGAGGAGGAGGCCGAGAAGGCGGCCGCGGCCGCGGCUCCCGCGCGCGCGAGCGACGGCUCGGCCACGGUCGACGGGGAGGGCUCGGCGCGCACGAGCGCCGCCGAGAACGUUGCGCAGGCCGCAUCGGCCCCGGCCGCGCCCGUCUCGACCGCGCCGGCAGCGACCAAGCCGCUCGAGAAGGACCUCAAGGAGAAGCUCGUCGUCGAGGCCACGCCGAAGCUCGAGCUUGCGCCGACCUCGGCCGUCGUCGCAGAUGAGGAGCGUCGCGCGACGUGA